CCCAGGAACUAAAUAAUUUUUUAUUCCUAUUGCCGGUUAAUUGUUUUUUAAUAACUGACUUUACAUUAUUUAUUCAACUAAAAAAGAAAAAGUCUUUUCUUUAAUUCUAUUGAGUAAUUAGACGGAUUUAUUGUAAUCAUGCUGAUCAAUCUCGUACGUGAUUCCGUGUUGCAGUGCUUCUGCCACAGCUGCAAGGCGCCUCUGAGCGUUGUAGCUGGUCACAAAAAAAGCAAACUACCGACGAAGAAACCAAGCGGAAAAGGAAAAGCACGUACUAAACAACCAAAGAAAGUUAAAUUUAUUACUACUGAAAUCCGGUGUCAGGAGCAAUCAAAGGGUGGAUUAUGUUACGAAGUAAUUUUGGCUGAGCCAACUGGUGCUAAGCGUGCACCAUCACCGCAACGUUCCCAGCCAUCACCAACUCAACAGUCGGCUAUCGAGGAGAAGUUGAAAGCUGCUGAAGAGAGAAGACUCUCUUUAGAGGCACACAAAUUGGCUAGCUUGGCAGCACAGCUGAGCAAGAUAGAAGAAACUGCGCGUAAGAAGGAUGAAAUUACUGCUGCGUUCAUGACUGCUACUCGUGAGUCACUUGAUGCUAAGAUGAACAGCUCUGAAGAGAAACGUGAAGCUCAUAUGAGCGAACUCAAGAGCAAGCUAAAAGAACAUCUGGAGUCAGUUGAAAAGACCCGUUUGAAUCUGGAGCAACAGACUAGAGAAGUGCGAGCCGCAGUUGAAGAAAAACUCAAGACUGCUGCUGCACAGCGUGAUGAAAAUAUUAAAAAAAUGCUUGAUCGUCUUAAGGAGCACGAGGACCAAGUUAUUAGAGUUAGACAAGGUAUGACUGAGCGAGCUCAAAAUUUGGAGACUCAAAUUCAGGGUAAGCUAGAUCAAGCUCGCGAACGUCGUGAGAUUCGAGAGCGAGAGCAAAAGGAGAAACUUCGUAAUCACAAUACGGUGAAGCUAGCGAGAGUACGCGAAACCGCAGACGUUAUAGCCAUGAGGGAGCUUGAGGCGAAAAAACGUGAAAUUGACAUGAAGGUCUCGAUCGCGGAAGAAAAUCGACAGCGUGAGAUUCAACGUCGACUUCAAGCUAUUCGCCAACAUGAGAGGCGCGCAGAGCUGGUCAGACAAAACAAGCAAAACAAAACCAAUGGGGCGGAUCAAGAAGUAAAAUCAGAUGAGAGUGCCUUAAACAUUAACAAUGAAACUGCUAGCUCUGGUUAAAAAAUGCUAACAUCAAUUUUUAAUUAUAAGUAUUUAUGAUACUAAUGAAUAUCAUCUGUCAUUAUAAUACCAAUAACGUUAAACGUUAAAACCCUGUCGAACAUCAUAAAAUUAAUCAACGGUAGAUAUUUAAACGAAGAGCCUAUACGCGAACAUUUCAUGAUAACAAGUAAACAAUAUGUUCGUUAUAAACACAGAUAAUAAUAAUAAAUAAUACAUCUAUAAGAACAUAAUAAAUUUAACUGCCGAAGACUCGUGAGCUUAAUUUCGCUUCGUGCCAUUUUUCUCGCGGCUCAAUCGAAAUUUAAACUUACUAACUUUAUCCGAGUCUUGCCUACUGCGUCAAGUCGAGAGUUCAAAAUAAAUACUAAUAAAUGAAGUAAAAAAUA